AUGCCUUCUGGACUUCUUGGCUUAACUGCCGAGGUUAUCGCAACUAAAGACCAGAGGAAGGAACUGGAGGAGAAAGAAGCAAAAAGAAGAGAAAAAUUAGAAAAGGCGAAGAAGGACAAGUCAAAUAGUUUCAAGCUUACCCGAAAAUCAACAAUUGAUAAAAACACAGGGGAAAGGAAAGAUAGUAUAGGGUAUCUUUACAAGAAUAGGAAGGGAGAAGAAGUUCGCCACGGUGAUGAGGAAUACGAUGACGAUGAGUAUCGUGAUUUCGAUGAUAGCCGGAGAGUUGAAUCAAGCCAUGGUGGUGGAUCAAGACGAGAUGAUGAAUCAAGCCACGGUGGUGGAUCAAGACGAGAUGGUGGAUCAAGACGAGAUGAUGAAUCAAGCCACGGUGGUGGAUCAAGACGAGAUGGUGGAUCAAGACGAGAUGGUGGAUCAAGACGAGAUGGUGGAUCAAGACGAGAUGGUGGAUCAAGACGAGAUGGUGGAUCAAGGCGAGAUGUGUCACCAUCAGAACGGACAGAGAAAAGUUCGUGGACAGGACAUCGAUCAGAUCUAACGUUACGGCAAUCUGAUGCAGGUAGAAGUAGCAGAUCAGCCAAAACAUCAAAGACUGAGGAUAAGGAGUCUGCCGAUAUAGAAAGAAGAAAAGAAGAAUUUAAAGAGGCCUUGAAGCGCAUGGAACCUGAUCCCGACCUUGAAGAAUAUGCGGAAUCUGUACUGCCGCCGCCACCAAGUGUUACAUCCAAAAUCGUACUCGAUCCCACAAAAGCAGGUAGAAAUAUCGGUAUUGUCAAGGAUAGACACGACUCUAAGCGGAACGGCCAAACCUCAAACAGUAGUCAACCACGUGAGGAUACUGAGAAACGCAGGAGAGAAGAUAGUAUUAGAAGAGCUGAGCCUCCCUCGACAAUCAGGGAACGUGAUACUCGUUCCAAGAGACACGAGAAACGCGAGAGACACGAGAAACGCGAGAAACACAGUGAAAAGACUGGGCCUCCCUCAACAGCCAAGGAAAGUGAUACUCGUUCCGAGAGACACGAGAAACGCAAGAAAGACAGAGGUGAUGCUCGUUCCGAGAAAAGUAGCAAAGCAGGUUCUUCGUCAAGAAGUUCAAAGUCAGAAGCUACACAUCAGAGUAGUCAGUAUGAUGAGGAAUCUGAUUCCGGAAACGAAACUGAGGUUCCAAGGCCACCUAAAUCUAGUCACACACGCCUCACAGAUCCGAUUCCAGGACCAAGUCCCCCCGAUAGAGCGAGUCAAAGAAGUAGAAGAACAGACACGAGAAUGAUAGAAGAAGCGCAGAGGAUGAUGGUAGGUUCUAUUAAGAGUGAUUGA